GUCAGCCUGCAGGUCCGUUGCAGCACCUGGCCUCUGAGGUGUAAUUGCAGAUACCAGAAGAAAAGGCAUGUGCCAUAUUGCAAGAUGGCCACGAAUGAACUAAUGAAGUGAGACGCUGCGUGGAAGGAGACUGCCCUCUAUAUAAGAUAAUGGUGUCUUGAUUUGUGCUCCUGCUUGUUCCCACUGAGAUUGCUCGGCAGUUGCCUGUGACUGCGCAGAUAUUUCAUGGCCUGUCGAGAAAAUGAGAUUCAGACAAAUUUCGAGUAAGUGAGAAUGGGCCCAGAUGUGCCUCUGCUGAAUGACCACAAACAAGAAUUCCUCUUGAAGCGAUUUCCACAGACCGUUUUGGGUGGCCCUCGAUUUAAAUUAGGACACUGUGCACCUCCAUACGUCUAUGUGAAUCAAAUCGUCCUCUUCCUGAUACCAUGGGUUCUUGGAGGAAUAGGGACGCUUCUGUAUCAAUUAAGUGCUCUGCAAGACUACUGCACAGCUGCACUUUCAGGAGGACUCAUGCUAGCUGCGGCCAUUAUUGUGCAGUCAACAAACUUGUAUGCCAGACAGAAAACUGCAUCUGUGGAAAGAGUACAUGUCCACAGUACCCUAACGGAUGAAGAUGAGUGGGAGUUCUCCAGUUGUGUGGGUUCAGAGACAGUCAAAUUUAUUAUUCCAGGCAAGAAAUACAUAGUUAACAUCAUCUUUCACUCACUUCUUUCUGGGGUGCUCUGUAGCUUGGGAACUUGGUACUUGCUACCAAACAGAAUUGCUUCAUUGUAUGGAGGCAAUGUUGGAGCAACUGUUAUGAUCUUUGUGUUUGGAUGGUUGACAGUCUGCAUUGGGGAAUACUCAUUAAUUGUCAAUACUGCUUCAGAGAUAGCUACUUACCAAGCACUGGACACGUAUGAAAUUGUUCCUCUUAUGAGACCUUUCUACAUUUUUGUCUUCGUUGCGGUGGAUCUUGCUCACAGAUUUGCUGCUGAUAUACCAUCUCUCAAGCUGGCGAACCAGAUUUUGCACAUUAUAUUUUUAUGUUUGCCUCUCUUGUGGACUCUGGGGAUUUUGCCCCCACUGGAUGCACUUUUUCUCUGGGGAAUGGAGCAAGUGUUGGAGCUCGGUCUAGGAGGUUCACCCAUGUCGAGUAACUUAAGGCUGCUAGUGAUGUUCCUUGUUUCUGUGGGAACAGCUAUUGCAUCUUAUUUCAUCCCCAGCACUCUUGGUGUGGUCCUUUUCAUGACUGGAUUUGGAUUUGCACUGAGUCUUAACUUAAAUGAGCUUGCGUUUGCCUUCAAAUACACCGUGACCAACUGCUUCACUUCCAGCAAACCUAAGAACACGCCUGCUCAUUGUAGGACACAGUUUGGAUGCCGGGAGUGCAUGUUCUAUUUGACUGUAUUGACUUUCGCUCUCCUGGAAGCUAGCCUGCUGCACUCCUUCCUUGGUUCUCAGGCAUUUUCUAAAAGCAGUCUCCAGGCUGCUAUGAGCUAUGUGCUGAUAGUAUUGCUCCUUGCUAUGUGGAUUCUCAGAGAGAUCCAGGCAGUGUACUUGUUUGGAAUGUUCCGAAACCCUUUUUACCCAAAGGAUGUCAUGACUGUGAAUGUAUUUGUGAAGAAGCAAAAGAAGCUCAAGAAAAUUGGUGUGUUCAGAAGGAUUUUACUGACUGUAGUGUCUCCAUUUGCUAUGAUAGCAUUUCUUUCUCUAGACAAUUCUCUCCAUCAUCUCCCAUCCAUAUAUAUUUCCAUUGGAUUCUCAAGAAGCUUUAGAAUGGUAUGGCAAAAUACAGAACAUGCUUUGUUGGAUAUGGUGGUAGUGUCUUCAGUGCAGUUGCUGAUGUUCAGUACUGAUCUGUGGUGGAACAGAAGCAUUGAUACAGGAAUGAAACUGUUGCUGGUUGGAAUAAUCCGGAAUCGACUCUUCCAGUUCGUUUCAAAACUGCAGUUUGCACUAACUGUACUCUUGACAUCGUGGACAGAGAAAAAACAACGUCGGAAAUCCAGUGCUACCCUGAUUACGCUCAACGUCGUCUUCUUUCCAAUAGUAACAGGCCUUAUAUUACUUUCUGCACUGCUGUCUUCUCCCUUGUUGCCUCUCUUCAGUCUCCCAGUAUUUCUGAUUGGCUUCCCAAGACCUGUCCGAAGCUGGCCAGGUCCUGUGGGUGUGACAGCCUGUGUGUGUCCUGAUACCAUAUAUUAUCAGCAAAUGAUUCCAAGCUUGGCUACAGCAUUGCAGUCAGCAUUGUCAGUUGGUAGCCUAGGUCUCUGUUAUCCUGGGUCUCACUACUUGUGCCGAUUUCAAGACAGACUGGUAUGGAUCCUUGUGUUAGAAAGAGGCUUCACUUAUUGUUGUCUUAAUAUCAAGGGUUUAGAAUUGCAGGAAACCUCCUGCCACACUGCUGAAGCUCGCAGAGUGGAUGAGAUAUUUGAGAUGGCGUUUGAACAUGAAGAACGCAGUCAGGCCCUCUCCUUCAAUCAUCACUUUGGAAACAUUUUAACACCUUGCGCUGUUCUGCCUGUGAAACUCUAUUCAGAUGCCAGAAAUGUCUUGUCCGGAAUAAUUGACUCACCUGAGAACAGGAAGCAGUUGAAAGAUGACUUCAUAAAAGUCCUCUUAUGGGUGCUAGUCCAGUACUGCUAUAAGCAGUCAAAAACACACAGGACGCUUGAAAGGACACCCAAAUCCAGGCAGGAAACACCUUCAGUAGAACCGUCUGAAGUGUUAAGCAAGGCAGAAGAAAGACCAAGUCCCUGGAAAGACGAGGAUGGCCUCAGCGUGGAAUCAAUAGAGGAGUGGACUGAUGACAGCAACCUUUUUGAUGCUGAAUCCAGCAAGAAAACAUCUAAAGCGAAAGAAAUGGCAUCACGAGGGGGUACGCCAAGACCUUUCUUUUGUCUUCCAGGCUCUGUAGAAAUACACACUACAGAAGCUGAACUACCAGAGGCAGCUAGUGUGAAUAAACUCUAUAAAACUGUUGUUCUUGGUCUUCCUGUGGUAGACACUGGAAAACAGUGGGGAGUGAUAGAUUUGCCCCCUAUUAAGUUCAAUAAUUCCUAUUCUGCACAGUUAAGCAUUCCUGAAGAGUGGAGAACUACGUCCUUACCGGUUGCCAAACUCCGUGAGAUGAAGCAGAAAUUUCCGGAAGACUGGUACUGCUUCAUACUUCGCCAACUAGAUUUCUUUCACCUGAAAGAAAACCCUUCAAGUUUACAUGAAGACCUUACGAAAGACACUGCUUUGAAGGAGUUGUAUGUCCAGGUCGUCCUGUCUUGUUACAUUGCGAUGUUUGGUUUAGACGACACGGUUCCCUCUCCCGGUCACAUAUUCAGAACCUACAACGGAGGACUCCCCUGGUCUGUCUUUUUGGACUGGCUAAUAGGAAAGCAAGAGCUCUUUCAGCUAGCGCUCAAAGUGUUCAGAUACACGGUUAAGCUUAUGGUUGACAAAGCAAGCCUGGGUCCAGUUGAAAAUUCGAAAGAGCUGCUUAACUGUCUUGAGGAAUAUGAAAGUGACUGGCACAUUGGACCGGUGUCUGAAACGGAGUGGCAGCAAGCCGUUUUACAAGAAAAGCCAUAUCUUUUUUCUUUGGGGCAUGACCCUAAUAUGGGAGUUUAUACUAGCAGAGUCCUCACCCUCCAGGAAUUCCUUGUGCAAGUUGGAAAACUGAACGGCGAAGCUGUGAGGGGGCAGUGGGCCAACCUCUCGUGGGAGCUGCUCUACGCCACCAAUGACGACGAAGAGCGUUACAGCAUCCAAGCGCAUCCUGUCCUCCUGCGGAACCUGACCAUACAGGCAGCGGACCCUCCCCUCGGCUACCCCGUCUAUUCCUCUGAGCCUCUCCACGUGCCUUUGCUCUAGGGCUUGGCUGCGUGGUUCCGAAUGCUUGCUCCAAAGCAGGCUGACUGUUCUCACAAGGAAAACUCGUUUGCCAAAGAUGUUGAUGGCUGCGGAGGCGAUGCUUAUGGCAAGAAUCUUUGAACAGGUUUUUCAGCACCAGAACUAUCUGAACCUCUGAUCCUGAAGGUCUAACAAUGGGAGAUAUGAAAUGUAAGGAGAAGGCUUGAUGCAGGCAAUAAGCCCAUUGAUGUACGGAGUGAAGUUUUUUUUGUUUUGUUUUCAUGAACUGAAAAAUCAGUAUCUUGACAGGUGACUUCCACUAGGAUGCAGGUUACCACCGAUUAGUAUAAAAAUGUACGUAACAUUGAAGCUCUUUCCCUGAUUUUGAUACAGCAGCGUUGAUUUUAUCACUUCUUAUAUUGUGUACCGUAUUUGCAUUGUCAAAGGAAUACUUGAAGAAACCUUUAAUAUACGACAACUAUUCAGCCUACGGAAACGAGAGCCUUUCUUAGACAUAGCAAAUGGGGGGCCAGCACUUUGGUAACAGCCAUCUGUCGUAGUGCAGGAAGGCUGAUAAGAGGGGCAAUCUGCUGACCAGUUGUGCAGCUUAGGAAUAAUAUUGAAAUCACAGAGACCUAAAUUCCCAUGAGCCAGAAAAAGGCAUGGAAACAAGUUUCUGUUUUUACCUAAAGGACUAAAAGACAAGCAGUUCUUGAGGGGACUGCUUUAGUAGAAUUCUAAAAUCCAGAACAUGGGAAUUGAAAACUUGGGGGUUUUCUCUGAGUGGAAGAAAGCUUGUAGACUCGCCUUCUCCAACCUAUUACACUCCAGAUGCUUUGGACUUCAACUUCCAUCAGCCGUAGCCAGCAUGGCCAAUGGUCCUGGUUUUCCCUCCCAUUGGUCACAUUGACGCUGUUCGGAUGACACACUGAGCCACGGUGGUUAAGCAUUUUGAGCUAAACAUGAUGGCUUAGCAUGUCGUGUGAAUCGUUCCUAACUAUGGUGGCAACAUAACCAUGGUUUAAACACGCUCACUGGCCAUGGCUUAGCAUGUGGUCUGAACAGGCCCAACGUAAUGGAAUUUUCCUAGGGCAGCUCGAGUCCAGCUGAGAGGCACCAACCCUUUCCACACCUGAAUGUGCUCUUACUGACUAGCACCACAGAGCAAUACUUUUGGAGGUUGUUGACAUGAGCUUCUAUUCCUUAGUAAGGUCUUAACAAAAUUUGUGCCCUGGGAUCUGAGAACUAAAGGCUUCCAGACAUGGGUUUGAUCCAGGACCUCCUUUCUGUUGACAGAAGGGCUCUUGAUACAUGGGGAUCCCCCUGUACCACAGCUCACUCCAUUCAGCAGGAUCCCCUGGACACCUCUGUGUAGCAUUUUCAGGGGCUAGAAAAUGCUACACCUUUUCAGGGGCUAGAAAAUGCUACUCCCUCCCUAUGUAGGAGGGAGCAGGGAGGUCCACUUCUACCAGCCCAGCUGCAGACCUAAACCUGGAUCCAACCCAGUGUUUGAGAAGAUGCCUUGGGAGGUGUGUAGGUUUGAAUGGUCACCCCUAGUGUUAUGAUUACAUGUGCGGUGGAGGAUAGCACCAUGUAAGGUAGUGAGGCAGUGAAGGGUUUUUGCUUGUGACCAAGCACAGUGCAGAAUCAAUCAGCGUUAUAUAGAAAUUUAUUGAAGGGAACAGAUUGAAGAGACAUGAUACUUAUUGUCAAAUUACACAUUAUAAAACUUCCAUUUCUUGCCAAAGUAGUUUUUU